UCCUUGACCUUUCUUCACCUUGAAGGAGAGCAAAACAGAUCCUGGUUGUUAACUCCCCACCUCCUCGGCCUUGGGACAGUGAAAAAGUUCAACGUUGCUUGUGGUGGGAGUGAGGGAACUGGGGCCGGUUCACAGCAGGCUUACAUAUUGAACCAUCGUAUCAAAGGCGAGCUGCAGUCUGACAAGACAUGUAACCUGAGGAGAAAGGACACUAGUGCGUUUGAGCACGCUGAGGGAUUCUUGCAUGACCUGUCACUCUUUCAGUGCUGUAGCCUGAGCAGGUCUUACUGGUUUUUACUGAGGUGGUGGGAGCUGAAUGGGGUGUGGGCUCAUUUCUAUUUGUCCACAGACAUCUCCGCAAUCUUCUUUUCUCUUUUUUAAUUCCCCCCUGGAUAUAAAACGGAGAAAUAGUGUCCGUCAAGUUUGCUGCCACCUGGGCUCAACCCAGCUGAAUCAAUUUUGGAGGAUACCCUUGCUGCAACCCUCUGGACGUGCUCCCAGGAGGAGAAGAAGCUAAAGCAAUUUGGCAUCGUUGCUGUAGUUUGAGGAAAAACAUUUCUUUUGACUUCGAAGAGAGCUACCAGGAGGAUCUGUGUGAUGUCCUGAUCUCCCCGCAUUUGCCCUGCUGAGCAUGGGGUAACAGUGUUUGACCAUGGUGGUCACCCAGUUACAAUUGGAACUGUGCUUCCAUGGCAAGAAGCUGAGAGGUUUCACCUGCAAGUUGACCAGGUCAGCCAGUGGAUUUCUCCCAGAGACUUCAUUCUCCAUUGCCUCCCAGAUUUUCGUGCCGUUCCUUCUGGCUGGCUUGGGCAUGGUAGCUGCUGGCCUCUUGAUGGAUGUUGUUCAACACUGGGAUGUGUUUCGGACAAUUACGGAAGUUUUUAUCCUAGUUCCUGCCUUGGUUGGCCUGAAGGGUAAUCUUGAGAUGACGCUGGCAUCCAGGCUCUCUACUGCUGCUAACACCGGACAGAUGGAUGAUGCCCAGAAGCAAUGGAAAAUGGCCACCUGCAAUUUAGCCCUUAUCCAGGUCCAGGCCACUGUGGUGGGACUUCUGGCUGCUGUUGCUGCUGUGAUCCUGGGAGCCAUCUCCAAGGGCUCUGUGGAGCUGAGCCAGGCUGCCGUGCUGUGUGCCAGCAGCGUGACCACGGCCUUCAUAGCUGCGCUUUCUCUCGGUCUGGUGAUGAUUGGCGUGAUCAUCGGAGCAAGGAAAGUUGGGAUCAAUCCAGACAAUGUCGCCACACCCAUAGCAGCAAGCCUUGGAGACUUGAUAACCCUUUCCCUGCUGGCGGGAAUCAGCAGUACACUCUUCAAAUACAUAGAUAUGAAAUACCUUUCUCCUCUGAUCUGUGCUGUCUUCAUUGUCAUGAUCCCUCUCUGGGUUGCUAUCGCCAAGCAGAGUCCUUCCCUUGCCGAAGUCCUGAAAUCUGGAUGGCAGCCGGUCAUUGUUGCAAUGAGCAUCAGCAGCAUUGGUGGGCUCAUCUUGGACAAAACUGUAACUGACCCAAACUUUGAAGGCAUGGCAGUUUUCACACCUGUGAUUAAUGGUGUUGGAGGGAAUCUGGUCGCCAUCCAGGCCAGCCGUAUUUCCACAUUCCUGCACUUCUGGAGCAUGCCUGGAGUUUUGCCAUACAAGAUGAGGCAGAAUUGGCCCAACCCAUGCACCACAUUCUUCUCAUCAGAGGUGAAUUCCAAGUCAGCCCGAGUCCUGUUCCUCCUGGUUAUCCCAGGGCACCUCGUAUUCCUCUACACCAUCCAUCUGCUGCAGGGAGGCCACACAUCUCUGUCCUUCACCUUUGUGAUGUUCUAUCUGACUGCUGCUUUGCUGCAGGUGGGAAUCCUGCUCUACGUGGCUGACCUAAUUGUGCGCCUGAUGUGGAGGAAGGCGCUGGAUCCAGAUAAUUUCUCCAUCCCCUACCUCACUGCCCUGGGGGAUCUCCUGGGCACUGGAUUCCUGGCCAUCUGUUUCCACCUGGUUUGGCUUGUCCAUGGUGCAGACAUGAACCUGGGGAACUGAGGGACCAUGCGCUGCUCCGCAUCGCUCAUGUGACACGGUGCUUUCCUCUGGGACGACGGGGUACUUGGCGAUGAGCGCUGGGGUCACCCGGCUGGAUUGGGCCUCCCUUGCUGUCCCCGAUGCUCCAUCUCUCCUCCCCAUUGUGCCUUACAGCUGGGCUCGCCCACCCCGAGGAAUCAGCACCCACAGACUUGCGCCCUCACAAGUGAGCAAGCCGGUUUUAAGCAGUGCCCACUGCUCGCACCUGUGCCUGGCAAACAAGGCGUUAAGGAGCAUUUGGGCCAUUUGUAACGAACCAGCAUUUUGAUGGGUUUCAGUCCCUAGCACCGACACAGCCCUCGAGGCCGCUCCAAAGCCUGCCAAGGUCACUGAAUCCGAUCCUGCAAGUGGAUGUCGCAACCUGUCCGUCAGACUCUGAGUUUCCGUCAAGGGAAAUUCUUUAUUCGCCCUUUUCUCCCAUUGCAUCCCUGGAGGAGGAGAGCAACCAGGUCUUUAAACUUGUCUCCUCUCCAUCGCUCAGAUGCUUAGGAUCUGACGCAGUGAGCUCCUCGCUGGCUCGUGCCCAGCAGGAGGUUAUCUAGGGAUACCACCUACCUGCCCUGGCAGCAUCACUGUUAUCUGACCGACAAGCUGGAUUGAUUGCAUUUUGGGGGUAGGAAGGUGUAUUUUUACAGUUUAUGAAAUGUACAGUAGUUAAAAUGUUUAUAGAAACACACACACACAAAUAAAGUGGUUAAAAAAAGGUAA